GUGCCACUUUAAAUUGGAAGCGUGCGCACCAGUCCCUUUUUCCCACACGCUUUCCAAUGGAGUUUUUCAAUACUCUGUUGGUACGAUUCGGACCCUUGGGCCGGUCUAUCGUUGCCCUCGCCGUGUUUGACAUGUUUGUGUGCACGGCCUUCUUUCUACUGAGCGCGGACGAGUCGAGCAGUCGGAACAGCUACUGGACAAAUAACUUUGAGCACUACGACAUUCGAGUGUCACUGUUUGAUCUUUUGGCCUUGUCUGCUGCACGUGCCCUGAGCUUAACCGCGUGCUAUACCGUGCUCCGCCUCGUUCACUGGCUGCCGCUUGUGCUCGUUGCGAGCGUGUCGCUGGCAUUCACUGUGGCGAAAUUCAUCCUCAUUCAGCACUUUGGGUCUGGCAACUGGGUCCCGCUGUGCUUGUUGAUUCUCUCCCUGAUCUUUCCUUGCAUGGAUAUCUGGCUGUGGCUUUCACAACGACACCUGCAAGUUACCUUCCUCAAGCUGAACGCACACCAACCGUCCGAACGCACACCCCUUCUCAAGAAUGAUAACUCGACCAUCAAUGUGGUCGUAGACCGGUCCAGUUCCGAGUUGCCGUCCGGCGCCAUGUCGCCGCCAAGAGACGUGUUGCCGCCAAAAGACUUGCUGCGCAAGCCAAGCACCAGCUCCGUGUCCGCUCUUGAAUACUUUACCCCUUCUGAGGACUCAUUUGACGCGCGCAUGCGAAGUCGGUCGUACGCUCAGCAGGAGCCAGAGCACGAGGCCGAAAAAACAACUCGCGCUGUGCCAACACCAGCCAACACACGCUCUGAGCACCGUAACAAUGCAGCCAUCGACGAUGAUGGUCCUUCGUAUCGGUCCCCGGUGGUUUCGCCGGUGGAUGGACAGUCCUUGAGCCGCUUCCCGCCGUUGCGCACUCGCGAGCGAUCAAUGACUGUUUCGGACGCUGAUCUCCUGGCCGCCGGAAGCGAUGGCAGCGACGUGGGUAUUCGGAAUGCGCUCCAGAUGGCUAUGCAGCGAGUACGGAAGGACGCAUUCGACACACGCCUCUGGGAAUUUGUGACUGAAGAACUCGACGUAUCCAUCUAUCAGCAUAAAUCAUCCGACUCGGUCAAGCAAAUGAAGGGCGUCUCCAUGAUGCCACAUCCUCCGCGCAAGGUGCUCGAGUGCAUCAUGGCACUCGAAAAGCAGCGCGAAUGGAAUAGCACAAUCGAGUCUGUUGAGUUGGUCACAAAAUACGACGAUCGGUGUCAGGUUGUCCACGCUGCCUUCAAACCGACAUGGCCUCUCAAACCACGUGAUUUCGUCUACGUACAAGGUUGGACCGAGUAUGGCUCCGAAAGUGAUGGAUACCUCAUGGCCUCGCAAUCGGUUGUCGUCCCAUCCGUGCCAGAAACGGAGGCGUACACCCGAGGCGACAUUAUUGCCAGUGGAUUCAUCAUUGAGCCGCUUGCUGGAGACACCAAUGCAUGCAUGGUGGUCCACAUUGUUGCAGUCAACGUCAAGGGCGCCAUUCCCCAGGGCAUUGCUGGUAUGGCGCUGACGGAUCGACCACUUGUGCUGGCAGGCAUUCACAAGCUGCUCGCUGCAGAAGAAGAAGCAGAGGCAAGUCGUGCGCAACGCGUUGCCUUUGCGUGAAAGUGUUUCAUUACCUCGUGUUGGAUGAUUUGGCGUUGAUGCUACAGUGGUUCUCGUUGCGCUGCCUUCUUCUGGUGUUGUUUGGAUAACAUGUAUUGUAAUAAUUAUGACAAAUCUUCAUCGUCGUC